UCUGGUCCGAUAAAGCCGUCUUUAUGGUGGCGAUAUAGAGACCAUGAAUUUGAUCUUUGGCAGCAAGACCUUCCUGCCCUACAUCAAUUUACUGAUUACAUUAAUUCUCUGUACCCUACUAUUAAAUUUGAGUUAGUUUUUUCUGAGCAUGAGCUUAACGUACUUGAUCUUACUUUACAUCUUAACGAUGGAUUUAUUAGGACAGACGUCUAUUCCAAACUUACAGAUAGUCACUUACAUCCUCCACCUUGUAGCUGCCAUCCUAAGCAUUAUUAGGGGAAAAAUUAUGUGUUUAGUUCCAACAAAUUUUUAGUAUUUUAUGCCCACGCAUUUCAAGUUUAUUUUCCCAGGUUUCAACCUAGUUCUUGUGUUCUGUUUGUUCUUUCACUCGACCGGUUAAACAGGAAAGGAUGAUGAACAGGUUGUUCUAUUCAAAUUGUUGCUAUCAUUGUAAAAUUAUAACCAGAGCAAUUGAAUUGAUAAUGUAUAUCAUAAAAUAUAAUAUUAAGGGUUUUCAUGGUUUUUUGGGCAAACAUCUUACAUAUGUAUCCGCGUACUUUCGCAUUUGAAAUAUUGGUUUUUCGGGUUUUCCUUCUAGUAAGUUAAAAAAAAUGUAAAAAAACCAGUAGCUUUUGAAUAGAUUUUUGUUGUUACUCACUUUCAUCGUAUGCACCUGCUUGUUGGCACUUUUGUUAUUUAUUACAUGGUUUUUUAGGUAAAUAUAGGUGUUAAUGGUCUUUCUGGAAAAAUUGGUUUUCAUGGUAGUUAGCAGCUGAAUUUAUACUCGUAACUUUAACUUCUUUUCAUAUGAUAGUUUCCACACCAACCUUGCAUAGAUAAACAAAAACUUUUAAUUGCUUUUCCGUUUUUAUUUCCGAAGCUGCUCUGCUGUAAUCAAGAUAGGUAUUAUUUUUUAUACCAGAGCUGUGAAUUCGCACCUAAGUUCCCUACUUUAAUGGCCUCGAGUUUAUUGCAUCCGUCUUUUUAAUUUUGAAACUCUUUCCGUCGUAGAAACAGAUGGAAUAUUUAAGUAGUUUUCGUUUAACUUCACAGAGACCUUUUCUGCUCCUUUGUGUCCCUAUUCAAAUAUUGCGACUUGUGUAACAAUAGCACCUCACACCAGUUAGUUCUUAAGCAAGUACCUUGUACAGUUUUGAUGAUUACAGUUUUAGUUUUGACUCUAGCAUGUUGUGUGUUAGAGUGCUCUACAAAUAAAAGUCUACUGUGGAACCAAAACGCUGUCUCUUCCCUGAUGUCCAUACAAGCUCACUCGAAGUAGAUCUCCAUGUGCCAGGAAAUCGUGACGAGUUUCUGUUCUUGCAAGCCGAGUGGUCUCAACCGAGUUAAUUCCCCCCGUUUGUACGUUUUCCGAAAAUUCCAGUUUAGUACGCAAAAACCUUUUAUUGUCACAGCAUGUUUUCAAGGCUUUUCCUUUUGGAGUUGCCACAAGAUUGAGAAGAAAUUGCUCUGAAGAAGUUUUUCCUGCCAAGAGAAUGGCUGAGUACAAAGAGUACCUUCUUAACCAGGGCUAA